CCGAAAGGGGUGGUUAAACAGUGCAAGGAAAUUAUGACGCGUUUUCUAUGGGGUGGUUCGGAGGAGGAACGGAAAGUGGCUUGGGUAAGUUGGAAACAGCUAUGCAAGCCAAAGUCGCCAGGUGGGCUUGGAAUUAGAGAUUUGGAAUGGUUCAAUUUAGCACUACUGGGAAAAUGGAGAUGGCGCCUAAUGCAUGAAAGGGACCAACUGUGGUGCAAAGUUUUAUUUGCGAAGUAUGGGGGUGGCCAAGUGAAAAAGACGUUUGUAUGGUGGUCGGAUUUAAUUAAAAAUUGUGUUGGUUCUGUAUCAAAUUUUUAGUUUGAAAAUGGGGUGAGUAGGAGGAUUGGGGAAGGUGACGACACAUGGUUUUGGAAGGAAAAUUGGCCUGGGCAUGGUAAGUUCUGUGAAUUGUUUGCUACCUUAUUCCAUGUCUCGGCUCAACAGGACUGGAGGGUUGUGGAUAUGGGGUGUUGGGAAGAGGAUAAAUGGGUCUGGAAUUUUCAUUGGUUGUGUGAGCUAGAGGAUGGAUGUGCAAAUCAGUUGUCCUCUCUUCUAAAUAUGUUAGCAUCUUUUUCUCCAAUUAGAGGACAAAAAGAUAAAUGGAUAUGGAUAAAGGAAGGUAACGACAUUUACUCUGUUUGUUCAGCUUAUGAGGCUCUGGCGGUUGAUUUGUAUCUGGAAGAAGAUCGCAGCUUUAAACUAUUGUGGAAAGCAUUGGCUCCGUCAAAUGCAAUUGCAGUGGGCUGGAAAGUUUUAUUGAAUAGGAUCCAAACUAAAGACAAUUUUUUCCAGAGGAACAUCCAAAUAGCAAAUUUGUCUUGCCCUUUGUGUGGUGUUGUGAAUGAAGGGUCUUGCCAUCUCCUCUUUUCUUGCUCGGUGGCCUGGCAGGUGUGGGGUUUAGUUUAUAAUUGGCUGGGUUUUUAUGCUGGCAUGCCUUGGCUCUCCAAGGACCAUCUUAUGCACGUUGUAGGCCUAGGUUCUACAAAGACAAGGUCUGGUUUACCAGUGAUCUGGUUAUCAGUGGUUUGGCAUAUUUGGGUGGGGCGGAAUGCGAAGGUUUUUGGGGGAGAAGAUUUUAAUCUGACAUCAUGUUUUGAUCAAGCUCGUUUAAAAGCUUGGUUAUGGCUGAAAUCAAAGAGCAGGAAUUUUUCUCAUGCUUUUUCGGAGUGGAUUGGUGAACCUAUGGCGUGCUUAGAUGAUAUGUAGAGGAGUCUGGUGCUGCUGUUGGUUUUAUUUUGAUGACCACUUUUUCUUUUCUUUAGCUGGUUUUACCUUAUUAUGUUUUUGCAGGAAGUUGAUAGCUAUUGCAUUUAGUUUUGUCUCGUUUGGAACUUAUUGGAUCUCUGUUGCUUCUUAGCUCUUGAGCUGCAGUCAUGUUUGGAAAUUGGGGUAUUUGGAUUUCUCUAUGUUCUGAAAACUGAGGUGGGCUCUUGUGCGUGCUGUUGCUAUAUUAAUGUGGCCGUGGCAAUUUGCUGUGGAAUGAAGGGCUUUGGUUUUGGUAACCGUAGUGGAGGUUGUGCUUAUGUUGUCACUUGUGGAUAACUUGGGUUUGUUAUUUUGUUUGUUAUUGGAUGGUGGAAGCAUGCCUAUCUUGUGCUGGUUCUUUGGUCGUGGCGUUUGUUCUUGAAUACAAGGUUAAUAGAGAAAUUAGUUUUUUCUAAUUUAGUGACAACUGUAAAUAAGUGCCAGUUGUUAGGUUGUUAGAGUUAAGUUUUAUUCAGUUAGAUUAGAAUAGAUAUUGAUACACAAUCACACUUGUAUAUAUACUUAGUUGUUAAAUGAAAUAUACAGAGAAUUAUUUUCUCCCAAAUACGUAGAAUUCAAUAUGGUAUCAGAUGUAACCGUCUCUCGUUUUCCGCGCCUCUGAAGAAGACCGUCUUCUUCCUUGCGAUCUGGUUCACGAUCAUCUUCGUCUUCUUCCUUGCGAUCUGGUUUACGAUCGUCUUCUUCCUUGCGAUCUGGUUCACGAUAGUCUUUUGUUCUUCGCGAUUCUCUUGAAGCUUCGUCUUCUACCUCGCGAUUCUCUUCUUGUGCUUUUUUUGCACGCGGUUCUUCGUAUCAAUGGAUGUUACGAGCCCUUUCUACCUUCAUCCCUCUAAUAAUCUAGGAAUUUCGCUUGUUUCUCAGUGUCUUACUGGAGAUAAUUACAGUUUCUGGUGCAGAUCGAUGAUUUUGGCUUUGACUGCUAAAAACAAAUUUGGAUUUGUUGAUGGAACAAUUCCAAUUCCUGAUGAGCUUGAUCCUCUUUUUCACUCCUGGAAACGCAACAACAGCAUAGUUGCUUCAUGGAUUCUCAAUUCUGUUUCAAAGGAGGUUGCAUCGAGCAUCAUCUACUCUUCCUCUGCUUCUGAAAUUUGGCUUGAUCUUCAGGAACGGUUCAAACAAAGCAAUGGACCGAAAAUCUUUGAAUUGAAGCGUGAAUUGCUAGGGCUUCAGCAAGGUACUCUUUCUGUGAGUCAAUACUUCACAAAAUUGAAGUCACUCUGGGAAGAAUUCGUGGAACACCGUCCUGCACACACAUGCAAUUGUGGUGGUUCUUAGCCACUCCUUGAUUACAUGCAUAUGGAGUAUGUGUUGGCCUUUUUGAUGGGAUUGAAUGAGUCCUAUUCUCAGGUUCGUGGUCAGGUUCUUCUGAUGGAUCCCUUACCAUCGAUUAAUCGUGUUUUCUCCUUGAUCCACCAGGAAGAAAAGCAACGACAGAUAGGGAUUUCUUCCUCUGCAGAUCCUAGUUCUAGUCUAGCAUGUGUUGUGCAAGCAAAUCCUGCUAAUUCCAAGUCUCAUUCUGGAUCUUCUACUGGAGAUUCAAACUCUCGCUAUCAAAACAAGAAUCAGAACAAGAAUCGACCAACCUGUACUCAUUGUGGCAUUCUAGGUCACACCAAGGAUAGGUGCUACAAGAUAAUCAGUUAUCCUCCUCAUUACAAGAAGACCAAGCCUGUGGCCACUGUAAACAAUGUCACAUCUGAUUCUUCUACUCAGGGAACUGCUUCAACUGCUCCAUCCAUGGCUCUCACCACUCAGCAGUAUCAACAACUGCUUCAGCUACUGCAGUCUCAGAUAUCACAGGCUCAAGUUCCUUCCUCUACUCAAUCUGAUGAUGAUCAUGUUGGAUCACCUUCAAUCCAAGAUGAUUGGCAAAGGUGACAUGACACAAGGCCUCUAUUUCUUCAAAUCUUGUUCUCAUGCCAAGGACAAUGCUAAGCAAUUACCAAGUUCUGUUCAAUCUGUUUUUUCAUCACCACACACACAACAUUCUAUUUUCCCUGUAUUUGAUGCUUCAUCACUUUCAGUUUUACCUGUAUCUGUUGAUUCAUUACUUCCAUCUACAAAUACUGUAAACACUGUUUUUGAAUCAAAUAAAAUUGCAUCUCUUUGGAACAAUAGAAUGGGCCAUUUGUCUGAUAAAAUGUUAAAAGUUCUUGGCACACAUGUUCCUUUUUCUAUACAUGAUACCUUUCCACUUCUCGUUGUGAUGUAUGUCCUUUAGCAAAACUUCGAAGGCUUUCUUUUCCCUCUAAAAAUCAUAUGUCUACUUCUAGUUUUGACUUGAUACACUGUGAUAUCUGGCGCCCAUAUCAUGCUCCUACGCAUAAUGAAUGCGAUUUUUCCUUACUAUUGUUGAUGGUUGUACUCGCUUCACGUGGGUAUACCUACUCCAUAACAAAUCUGAGGCAACUAACAGUAUUAAGGUGCUUUUUGCUUUGGUCAAGACACAGUUUGGAACCACAAUAAAGAAAAUAAGGACUGAUAAUGCACCAGAACUUUCUUUAACCAGUUUUUUGCAGGAACAAGGAACCUUGCAUCAAUUCAGUUGUCCAUAUAGGCCCCAACAGAAUUCUGUGGUUGAACAAAAACAUCAGCAUUUACUGAAUGUUGCACGUUCUCUAAUGUUUCAAUCAAAAGUUUCCCUUCCCUUUUGGGGAGAAUGUGUUUCCAUAGCAACAUAUCUCAUUAACAGGACCCCUUCACCAUUGCUCAGUCACAAGACACCUUUUGAAUUGUUGUAUGGAAAACCACCAGACUACUCCUUGAUCAGAACGUUUGGCUGUUUGGUAUUUGUUUCCACACAACCUCAUGAACGGAACAAGUUCUCACCAAGGGCAUAUCCAGUAGUGUUUUUGGGAUGCCCUCCAUGUUGUAAGGGCUACAAGGUAUACAAUCUUCAAACUAGAAAAUUCAGUGUCUCCAGGGAUGUCAAAUUUAGUGAGGAUAUUUUUCCUUUCCAUGCCAUUUCCUCUCAACAUAUGGCUUCCAAUGUUCCUGACUUCUUCACAGAUAUUGUCUUACCAAAACCUGCAUCUGGUUUUCAAGGGAAUCCACCAUUGCCUCAACUUGUGAAUAACUCACAAGGGGCUGGACCUGGGCCUAGUCUCCCACCACAACAAGACUCACUAGAGGCUACACCUGGUUUCAAUUAACAUUCUCCACAUGAUCUUGAGAGUGAAUCCUCUUCUUCUUCGCACAAUCAUGUGCAACCUUUGAGAAGAUCUACACGAGCCACAAAGCUUCCAGCACACUUGCAGGAUUAUACUAUGACUGUGCAUUAUCCUAUUCAGCAGUAUGUGUCAUAUGAUAAGUUAUCACAACCUUAUAAGGCUUUCGUCAGUCAGGUGGCCAAUGUUUAUGAGCCUCAGUUCUAUCACCAGGCAGUACGAUAUCCUGAUAAAGGUUUUUUCCUCGUUGUUUGUACUGCUUUUGGCUAAACCUUUAUGAUUCAAUCAUAGUAAAGCAGAUACAGGUUUAUCGUCCUCAGGGAUUGUGUGAACAUUAGUUCCACCAGUUAAACAUUGAUCUGAGCGGUUACAAAGAUGUUGGAUAAAUUGUUUU